GCGCGUGCGCGCGCUCCUGGAUCAGAGGAGCGCGCGCCCAGGCCUGGCCUGGCCCCUCGGGAGCGCGCCGCGGUGCCCCGCCCUGUCUUCCGUGCUGCGGGAAGGCUCGGAGCGUCGGCCUGCCCUGGCAGGGUCAAGCUGGUAAGAACACCUGUUUGAGAUGUGGUGGUUUCAACAAGGCCUCAGUUUCCUCCCUUCAGCCCUUGUCAUUUGGACAUCUGCUGCUUUCAUAUUUUCAUACAUCACUGCAGUAACACUGCACCACGUGGAUCCUGCUUUGCCUUAUAUCAGUGAUACUGGUACAGUAGCUCCAGAAAAAUGCUUGUUUGGAGCAAUGCUGAAUGUUGCUGCAGUUUUAUGCAUUGCUACUAUUUAUGUUCGCUAUAAGCAAGUUCAUGCCCUGAAUCCUGAAGAGAACCUUAUCAUCAAAUUAAACAAGGCUGGCCUUGUGCUUGGAAUACUGAGUUGUUUAGGACUUUCUCUUGUGGCAAAUUUCCAGAAAACAACACUUUUCGCUGCACACGUCAGUGGAGCUGUGCUCACCUUUGGGAUGGGCUCAUUGUAUAUGUUUGUCCAGACCAUCCUCUCCUAUCAAAUGCAGCCCAAAAUUCAUGGCAUUCAAGUCUUCUGGAUCAGACUGCUGUUGGUCAUCUGGUGUGCAGUAAGCGCAUUUAGCAUGCUGACUUGUUCAUCAAUUUUGUACAGUGGCAAUUUUGGCAUUGAUUUAGUUCAGAAACUUCAUUGGAAUCCUGAGGACAAAGGUUAUGUGCUUCACAUGAUCACUACUGCAGCAGAAUGGUCUAUGUCAUUUUCCUUCUUUGGCUUCUUCCUGACUUACAUUCGUGAUUUUCAGAAAAUUUCUUUACGGGUGGAAACCAAUUUACAUGGAUUAACCCUCUAUGACACUGCUCCCUGCCCUGUUAACAAUGAGCGAACACCACUACUUUCCAGAGAUUUUUAAUGAGAGGCUGACUAUAUUUUUGUGGCUAUUGUUAUUCUCAGGGAUUGGGGGAAAGGUUCACAAAAGUGGCUUAUUCCACUGUGUAAUUUUCAACCAGUUGAUCAAGAUGGACAAUGAUAAUGAAUACUGAUAAUCAGGAGACACGAAAUAAGCCAUUGGAUAAGAUAUUUUAAAGGAUAUCUAUCAUCAAGAGGACUAUUUAAAAACAUUUAUACUUUUUUAUCCUAGAAAAUAAAACCAAAGGAAUACAACAUUGUAGUUUUCUCUACUUUAUUUAAAGGAUAUAACCUGAAUUUCAUGAAGCAGUCUGAAUAAUCCAGCCUUUCACAUUUUACAAAUCACUUUUAGCAUGUGCUCUCGGGAACAUUUUUAUGAGAUUUCUCCAUGACCCGCCAAAUAAUCAGUGUUUGUUGUAUUUUACUUUGUUGAUACGUCUCUAGUAGUCUUCAAAACUGUUGUUAUUCUUCUGGAAUCCAAAUGGAAGCAGACCUGAACUCCGGUGAGUUCUUUCUUGGCCUCAGCUUUGCACAGAGGUUCUGUAGGUUCUGAUUUGAAUCUGGGUGCAAGGCCAGAUGCAGUGCUGACUGGUUUGUCAUACAGUCUUGAUUUGUCUUAUGAAGCUUCGUUUCUGGUAGAAUAUUUUAAUCACCAAAAAAGGAAAAAGGCACCUCUAUAUAAAUUUGCUUCUGUCAUGGGUUAUGUAGAAAAGGGUUAGUGUUUAUAUACAAGGCUGACAAAUUCACGAAAAACAA